ACCAUUACUAUUGAAAAUAAAUUAUCCUUAAAAUGAAAUCAGCUUUGGCCAACUUGGGAAUGGUCCUUCAAUCUUUGGCGUUAGCGUCAUCCGUCUACGGUCUGCUGGGCCCUCAAGUCACGUUGUCCGACGGAGACACCAUUACUGGUAACUACGAACCCCUUAACAACCUUGAAUCCUACUUGGGUAUUCCUUUUGCGGCUCCUCCCGUCGGGCCCUUGAGAUUCAAGCCACCCCAGCCAUACACCGGGAGCUUGAACGGCUUCCAGGCCCUGGCCUACGGUCCAUCGUGUCCUCAAAUGGAGAUUGCGUCGGGAGCGUCGGGAAUCGUCGGGUUGUUGCCACAAGAUGUUGUGAGCUUGGUGAUGCAAACUCCGUUGUUUAACGCAAUCAUCCCCCAAUCCGAGGAUUGUUUGACUCUCAAUAUUUACAGAAAGAGAGGUCUCUCUUCUACUGCCAAGUUGCCGGUGAUGUUUUGGAUUUUCGGCGGUGGGUUUGAAUUUGGUGGUACUAAUUACUACUUACCGCAACAGUUGAUGGCGCAGGGGGCUCUCCAGGGCCAGGAUUUUAUUUACGUCUCCGUCAACUACAGAGUCGCCGCCUUUGGGUUCUUGGGAGGACUGGAGAUCAAGGCUGAGGGUAGUGGUAAUCCUGGGUUAUUGGAUCAGAGACUUGCCUUACAAUGGAUUGCCGACAACAUUGCUUCGUUCGGUGGUGACCCAAGCAAGGUUACCAUCUUUGGAGAAUCGGCUGGUUCGAUUUCCGUGGCCCACCAGAUGAUUGCAAACAACGGCGACAAUACCUAUAAGGGAAAGCCAUUAUUCAGAGCUGCUAUCAUGCAGUCCGGGUCUGUUCUUCCAACUUUAGACAUUGAUUCGGCAUACCCACAAAAGAUCUUUGAUGCUGUCGCCAAUGCCGGUGGCUGUGGUUCCGCCUCUGACAAGUUGGCGUGCUUGAGAGGUCUUUCUUACGCCGACAUGCAAGCUGCGAGCAACUCUGUUCCUGGGAUCUUUUCCUAUGAGUCUUUGCAAUUAUCCUAUAUGCCAAGACCUGAUGGUGGCUUUAUUCCCUACCAACAAAUGCAGAUGGUUGCUGAUGGCAAAUACGCGAGAGUUCCAUACAUUAUCGGUGACCAAAACGAUGAGGGAACUCUUUUCGCCCUCACCAACUUGAACAUAACUACUGACGCUGAAGUGAGUGCGUAUAUUGAUAACGUGUUCCCUAAUCUUUCAUCCUCCCAGUUGGCUGAAAUAUUGACUUUGUAUCCACAGGAUGUCACCCAAGGUUCUCCAUUUAACACCGGUUUGUUAAACGCGUUGACGCCUGAAAAUAAGAGACUUGCAUCUUUCCUUGGUGAUAUCGUGUUCCAAGCCCCAAGAAGAUUUUUAUUAAACCACACUCCAGACGUUACUAGAUACACCUUUGUCUCUCAGCAAUUAGCGGGUAUCCCAAUUCUCGGCACGUUCCACGCCAAUGACCUCAUCUGGCAGUACUUUGUCACUGGAUCAGGGUCCUUGGUUUACCGUAAUGCGUUCAUUUCGUUUGCCAAUAACUUGAACCCUAACGGCGGUGGAAUUUAUACCUUGACCAACUGGCCACAAUACCAGAACACCAAUGCUCUUGCCAACAACAUGAUGUAUAUCAAUGCCGUGGGUCUUUCCACCGGAAAAGAUAACUACAGACAGGCGGCAAUAAGCUUCCUCAACAGCGACUACCAAAGCAUUUUAACUUAAUUAUGGGUUAAGUCGUAUCUUUCUGGCUAGUGUUAGUUUAGAUAUUUGCUAUGUAAUAGUUGUAUAUCCGAUUAGUAGGAACUAGAAUCUAUAUAUAGGAUAGUAGCCCUGCUUCUGUCCAUUUCAACAUACAGCAAGGUUGUGGUACAUUAGAUAAAAGUCUACGCCAUUAGCUAAAAGAUAGUAUCAUGCCAGAAGCGAGAAAAUCUGCCGAUGUAAGCAAUCUAGUUAUUUUCCAAUCGAAAAAAAAAUCGGGCCGAGCAGGGAAUUGAACCCUGGGCCACUCACACCCAAAGCGAGUAUCAUACCACUAGACCACACGGCCGAUUAUUUAAGAGAUAGCGUCACGUGAAGUGUCUUAAUAAGGCGCCAGAGAG